AAAUAAUUUAUAAUUGUUUCUUUAAUUUUUGAUAAAGUCUUUGGCUAACAUGAAAUAUUAUUUUAAAUCGCAGAGACGUGCAAGAUUCUUGUUCUUUAUAAUUCUUAAUACUUAGACAGGUUGUUUGAUUGGUCUAGAAUGUGUGUUGUUGUUUAUUCUCCUAAUUUUAAAUUAGCCGAAGAAAAAUCGAUUAAAAAUCUAAUGAAUAACAAGUCUUUCUUCUUUAAAUAUCUAAUUAUAUCGUGCGCAAUAUUGUCAUAAUAUACUCAAAUUUUUUUAUUAUGACCCCUAUAUAAAUAAAUUUACACGUAUAUUUGCGAUCGCGCAUGUGGAUUUCUGCCUGAAUGUUUGAUUUAUAUAGUUGGGAAAUAUGGGCAUAUGUCAUUGGUCGUUAACAAUACACAUGGUCAACAAACGACUUUGCUAAUGAGAGUUACCGGGGUUCUCAUUAUACACCACUCCUCGAGUACCCUUAUAAUGGUAGUUCUGGUAGUGAGAAUUAUUCAGUGGUGAUCGAACAGCCGUAACGUUCACACAGUUCUAUUUUACGUAGAAUCGAAUGUCACCUUUUGAUGCAAAGUGUUUUAUCAAGGCGAGACUAUAUGACAACGAUAAUUCGUGUGUAAUUGGUAAAAUACAGUUUUUUAUGAUCAACAUGACUUGGUUGAUCUUGUUCACCUUGACGAUCCUGAUCUGUGGCAACGUGAUCAAUGCGCAAUUCAUGCACGCGCGAAAGUUCAUACGACAGAACUACUACUGGCAAUUACGAAGGAAACUGAUGAUGAAUGAAACGCGAUCUUCCCUGGGCGGCCAGUUAGAACUCAAUCCCAUGGAAUUAAUUGCGAAUAAGAUUCUGAUGUCAAUCAAGUGCCAAGAAAUCCACGAAGGGCUUACCAGCAAUAAUUUUCUACCAUCGCGUAACUUCCUGGAGGUCAUAUCGGAAAUAGAAAAAUCCGAGGUAUUCAAGAUUUUACGUAAAAUGCCCAAGGGCGCCGUUCUCCAUGCUCACGAGUCCGCCAUCGUCUCGCUCGACUAUAAACUCAACAAUGUGACCUAUCGUGAGAAUCUAUAUGUAUGCGAUCAAAACGGCAGUUUGCAACUCAAGUUUUUUAAGAAUCCUGACAAAACUUGCGACUGGCAAUUAUUGAGCGAGGUGCGACGGGAUCUACAACAGGCCGAUGCAAUCAACGAUAGAAUCAGACGGUCGAUGACCAUGAUCACGGAAAAUCCGAGAAGCGCUUAUAGCACCGUCGACAAGGCAUGGGAAAAGUUCAAUAGCAUUUUCAAAUUUAUGCACUCCUGGCUGUCCUAUCGACCUAUCUUCGAAGAUCUUUAUUACCGCGUACUACAGGAGUUCUACGAAGAUAAUGUGAUGUACGCGGAAAUACGAUCGACACUAUUCUCAUUACAUGAUUUUGACAGAAUCUAUGGAUCGCUGGAAAUGGCGGGAAUUCUCAAGAACAUCACCGAUAGGUUUGUACGGGAUCAUCCCGAUUUCCUUGGCGUUAAGAUUAUAUAUUCACCGAGGCGGUCCAUCAAUGAAACAAAACUAGACGAAUACCUGAAAACGCUGGUGCAAUUGACGGAACAUUAUCCGAACUUCGUAAUUGGUUUCGACUUGGUCGGCCAGGAGGACAAAGGAGAACCUCUCAUAAAGUUCGCCGACAAGUUAAACGCCGUUAACCCGGAAAUUAAAUUCUUCUUCCACGCCGGAGAGACCAAUUGGAACGGAGUGUCCACUGACUUUAAUCUUUUCGAUGCUUUGCUGCUCAAUACCAAACGUAUCGGCCACGGAUACGCAUUGACGAAGCAUCCACUUUUAUGGAACCUUGUGCAGCAAAUGGGAAUCGCAGUGGAGAUUUGUCCCAUCUCGAAUCAAGUUCUCAGCCUUGUGAAGGACAUGCGAAAUCAUCCCGCGACCGCUAUGUUUGCGUUGGGCUCGCCCGUCGUAGUUUCGAGCGACGAUCCCGGCCUAUGGGGCGUUAAAGGACUCAGUUACGAUUUUUAUGAAGCUUUCAUGGGUCUCAUGAGUGCCAACUCGGAUCUUAGAAGUCUGAAGCAAUUGGCGAUGAAUUCGCUGAUUUAUAGCAGCAUGAACAGCCAAGAGAAAAAUAAUGCGUUAAUUCGAUGGCAGGAUAAGUGGAACAUUUUCAUAAACGAAUUGGUCCAGCCAUAUCUUAUUGACAAUAGAUGGCAAAGACUAUUUCAGCCUUCUUUAAAUUCCCAAUACACAUAAUCAAUAAGAUGAAAAGGUAUAUCCCUGCUGGAACAUCGAAGAAUGAUAUCAUUUAAUAUAACUCAAAAAUAUUAUUAGAUUAUUUAUAGAUAAUAUUUCUGUUCUCGCAAAAUGUAUUUGUUUUGCUUCUUCAUAGAGGAAGCUUUGUUUUUUUAACUUUCUCAAUAUAAUCAUUAAAACUGCGUUUUAUUCUAAAAAAACUGCGUUAAAUUUAAAAAUUACAUAGAAUUCUUUCAUUGUACUUUUUUAUGUAUUAUAUUUAUAUUAUAUGAAUUAUUGCUACCUCAUUAUGUUCGCUAACGAUGUAUUACUGUGCAGAAAAUAUUUCUAAUGCGCGUUCAUUCUGAGCAUUACGUUCGUUGAAGAAACUUAUUAAUGUGAAGGAAGAUUCUUCGAAGGGAUAUUGCCCGUGUUUUACGUUUUAUACGAUAAGAUAUAAAAAUAACAUAAGAUUCUAUUUUUUUACUAUAUACGAGGUAACGAUUAAUUCGAUGCCUGUUGCAAGAGAUCGUAAGC